ACCAAGAAGAAAGAGGAAAUCGAAGAGACGUUGUCGUGUGGACUCGUUAAGGGUCAUGCCUAUGCGGUUACUGCUGUUCGCUACAUUGAACUCGAUGCAAAAACCAGGUCGUUUUUAUUCUUUGGAAGCGUUGAGCGUCAGAUGAUGAUACGGCUUCAAAACCCUUGGGGUGAAAAGGAAUGGAAUGGGCCAUGGUCAGAUGGCUCAACCGAAUGGACACAGGUUACUGAUGCACAGAAAAAGGAAAUUGGUAUCACGGUGGAUGAAGAUGGUGAAUUUUGGAUGCCCUGGAACGAAUUUGUUCGUUACUUCACCGAUAUCAGUGUUUGCCAGCUCUUCAAUACAUCGAUCUUUUCGUUUGCGAAUAAAUAUUAUGAGUGGAAAUUUCGUGGUGAGUGGAAGUCGAACGGAGCACGAGGAGGCGGUCCAACCGAUCGAGCUGGAGGAUGCCUGAAUUUCGCAGCCACGUUUUGUGCUAAUCCACAGUACCUGUUCGAUAUCGACGAAGAUGGAGGAAACGUAAUGUUUGCGUUAACGCAAAGGGAAAAGAACGAAGGCGAGAAGCAACGUGAACCAUUUGUGACCAUUGGAAUGCAUCCGAUAAAUCCAAUCGCUACAUCGGAUUAUGCAAACGCUCGGUCAGUAUAUUUGCAUCUUCGUGAUCUCAAAAUCGGUCGCUAUAUGGUGUUACCAACAACGUUUGCACCACGAGAACGAGCUGAAUAUUUGUUCCGAAUUUACUCAACGCAAAAUUGUGCUAUACGAAUUGUUAAUAAACACGCUCCUUCGCGCGGUAUUUGCUCAUGCAAGAAAGUAGCAUCUGUAUCACGAAUCACAAUUAUUUCCGCUAAAUUCCAUCAGGCAGAUGCAAAACGUGUGAUAUUGUUAGCUCAUGUCAAUGCUGAGCUUAUAUAUUGCCAUCAGAUGGAAUUAUUCAUAUUUUUGCAUGACCAGAAAGAACUUCGGCACAAAUAUUUGUUGGAAGUGUAUGAAGAUCGAACACUAAAAGAUCGACUGAUUGGUAGAGCGCACAUCAAAGAAUUAGUUGACAAUGACACUAGGCAGUCGGAUUUGCACCUCUAUGGAACGGAUGGCAAGAAAGCGUGUACUUUAACAGCAUUGUUCCAGUCUUAUGAUGAUCCAGUUUAUUUGUAA